AUGGCCUAAAUCGUUGUAGUAGUGAGCAAAUUUUUAACUACUGAAAUGAAUCCUAAUAAUCAAUUUGAAAGAAAAAUUAUAUAAUUAACAGAUAAUGGUUAUGUAACUAACAGUUGUCUGACAUAUGGGUUAUGGUCAAAAUUCAACCCUCUUAGUGCAAUAUCUUAAGUGGGAUAUUAAGGAAUUUUUGAUAGUCAUUGCUUUCAUUUACAUAAUGCUAUGGAUUUAGAAUAAUAAAAUUUAAAUAUAGUAUAUUUUGAUUGUCUUGACUAUGAGUCAAAGAAAAUAACAAAAACAAUUUAAUUUAUCAAUAAUUAGAACUAAUAAAUAAGGUUUGAUUUAGUCAUUGAUACAUUUGAAUAUGAAAAUAUUUGGUAUUUCUUCCAAGUAAUAGUAUGGCCAAAAUUAGAUAAGUUCCAUUUGAUAGUAACGAAGAAAUAGGAAGUAUUAUUACAAAUCACCAAAGAAAUUAAAUAAAUAUUAAAAGAUUUAAAUUUAAUAUUAACUUUUGGAGGUAAUUUAUAAGUACGUAAUUUCCAAAUACUUGAAGUAUACUAAAACGAGGGGUUUUCUUAUUUUCCAGGUCCUAUAUGGUAAUAGGAAGUAUCAAUUCAAAGACUAGACCUUGAUUUUGAUUUCAUUCAUUAUCUUUAAGAGACAUUUGAAUAAAAUUUCAAGCAUUGCCUUUGUAAUCAAAAUCAAAAAUAUAAAAUAAACGACUAAGACUUUAAAAAUUAAUAAUAACACUAAUUUAUAUCCGAAAACUAAAAUUGCGAUUCCUUCAUUCUCAUAGGAUGGAUUAAAAUAAAAGAAAAUAAGAAUUCAUAUGGAAAAUUUAGUUAUUAAUUAAUGAAGGUUUCAGCCAAUUUAUAAAAUCCACAAUUAUAGAAUCAAAACUUGUCUCCCUUUUAAUUAUUUUAUCAUUUUGCUACAUUAAAUAAUGAGAUAGAAAUUACUACAUAUAAUUAUACUUUUCCUGAUUCUUCAAUUGAUUUUAUAGAUGAUCCUUUUUUAUUAAAGAAUAAAUGGCUAAUCUAAAACUAAAUAUCACUUUGGCAUUAUUUAAAAGUAGAGUUAUUAAAGUCGAAAUUAAAAGUUGAAAUUACAUUCUAUAAUUAAUAGGAAAUUAAUAAAUAUGAUGUUUAGUAUGAUGUUUAUUAAUUUCAUAAUUGUCAGUUUUAAGUAAAAUAUGGAAAUUUGUUAGAUAUAUAUCCUAAUUAUUUAAUUGUUUAAGUCAGAAAUUUAGAAUUUUAUAAUUGUUUUAUAGACUAAAUCUAAUUAAGCUGCCAUCUAAGCUGCAAAGAUUGUGAUGGUCCAACUAAUCAGGAUUGUUUGUCUUGCCCAUAAGAAUCAAAAAGAAUUUAUCUUCCAGAACAUAAAGUCUGUAUAUGCCCAUAUAAUACAAUUGAAAUUGAAAAUUAAUGUUAAGAUUAUAAACAAUCUAAUCUACAAUUGAUAAAGGAGGAAAUCUUACAAAAAAGUAAAAAUUGUUUAUACGGUUAUUUUGAAUUUGAUGGAGAUUGUUAUUAAUGGUAAAUUAUCAUGAAAUAUUUAGUCCUUCAAUAAUUAAGGAAGAUUAGAUUACAUGUUAUGAAUGCUUAAGUAAUCCAUAGAACUGGUAUCAGAAUCCUAUCUGUUAAAAUACAUUUAUUUUCAAGCCAAAUACUAUUUUAGAGGAAGCAUUUUAAUUAGUUGAUAAUGUUCAGUUUUAUUUCGAUGGAGUAUAAUUAAAUCCCAUUCAUUAAACCCACUCAUUCCCUUAUAAUAACAAUUUAUUAAAUUCAGAUGGCAUCUUUAAAGAAUAUUUAUUAGCAGAAAUGUAUUUUAGACAUUUUUGUUAGUAAAUUGAUCUUGAUUAAAGCGAUUAAUUAAUUUGUUACGAAUGUUUUAUAGAAUCCUGUUAAAUUUGUUAAAUAUCUAUUGAAUCCUUUUAAUGUGUAAAAUGUGAUGAAGGUUUUACAUUAAUAGAUGGUAAUUGUAUCUAUAUAGAAAAAAAUUAUUCAAAUGAUUAACUUAUCUGCUUACCACCAUUAUAUCAUUCAUUUAAAAAUUAAUGCAAAUUAUGCGAAAUCAAAAAUUGUAUUUAUUGUUUUGAAUACUCAGCUCAGAAUUUAGAUUUAUGUUCAUUAUUGAACUUAUCUGAAUUAGUAUUAAUAUGGUUAUAAAAUGUUUAAUAAGGUUGCGCACUUUGUGAAUAAGAUUAUAUCUUUGACUUUACAUUAGGAUUAUGUUUACUUUAGAAACCUGAAAUAGAAAAUUGUUUAAGAUCUUUUAUUAACUUAUAAAGUAAGGAACAGUGUACUUUAUCUAAAAAUGAUGAUUUUUCUAUUGCCCCUCAAAUUUCAAAUUGUGAGAAUCUAAUAUUAAAAUGUUAAUACUGUACAAUCAAUAUUGAGAAAUAAAUCAAAUGUGUAUUGUGCCAAAAAGAUUACAUUAUUGAAAAUAAUAAUUGCUAUUAAAAUGAUGAAUUUGAUGUUGAAACAUAAUUAAUUCAAAAUUAGGUCAACUAGAUUCAAAGUUUUGUACUUUAAUUUGUACCUCAACUUAAAUUAAAUGUUUAUAGUUAAUUUUUGAAUCCAUAGCCAAAAAUUGAUGAGCCUUGUGAUCCAGAAUGUCUAUUGUGUGUUUCUCAAGUCUAAACUUUUUGUAAGGUAUGCCCAUUAAAUUAUUACAAAAAAUCAGUCAUAACAGAAUAAAGUACAAAAUGUUCAUAUUGUCCUCCAUUAUGUUAAGCAUGCAUUAAUCGUUUAGAUUAGGAAAUUUAGGUAUAAAUAUAAAUAUAAUAAUUAGAAAACUUAACCAAAUUUCAUAGUAAAUGAUUUAAACCAAAUCUAUACAAAGAAAUGUAUUUAUCCAUAUAGAGAUUCUGCUAUUAAGUUAGAUUCUUAUUAACAUUUAAUUAAAUAUUGCUUUAAUAGUGAUUGUUAGAAUAAAUUUUUGUUUGAAAUUUCCUAAUACUCAUGCGAUUUUUCUAGAUUUAAUCGAAAUUAUGAAGAUAUUAUCAAUACCUAAUAUUGUAACUAAAUUGGGAUUGAGGAAUUAACAAUAAAUUUUACAUUUAAGGUCUUUGAAUCACUUUGUUUUUUUAUCUUGCCUUUAAACUUAAAGACUGAAUUAAAACAAAAAAUAUUUACAUUGCAAAAAGUGAAUUUUCAUUUAUCAUCUUAGAAAUAUUUGGAAAUUAUUCUUACAUUUCCAUUCUAAUUUAAUGAAUUUGAUUAAAUUGAAAUUAGUAAUUUAGGCUUUGUGAUUUAAAAUGAUUAUUAUUUACUUUUUAAUAAUAGUAAGAAUUAAGUUCAUUUAAAAAUUAUUAACUUUACAAUUCAGAAUAGUACACUAUAAAAUAUUAAUUCAUUAUUUGCAACAGAAGUAUUUGGUAAUAUAACAUUAAUAAAUUUUACUAUUUCUAAUUCUGAAUUUCUUAAUUCAUCUAUUUUUAAUUUUCAAAAAUAACUAUUAUUAGGAUAAAUAAAAAUAAUAUCAUUAUCAAUUCUGAAUUGCACAUUUAUAUAAUCUGCAAUAUUUAAGUUCUCUUAAAUAGAUUAACUUCUAUCCUUUCAAUAAUUCAUAAUCAUUUAAUCCUAUUUAAAAAACUCAACAAUAAUUAGUUUCUUAAACAGUUAACCUUAAUAAGGAUAUCUAUAAGGAGAAAACCUAAAAAUACGAAAUAGUAGUUUAGUAAACUCUUAUUUUAUUAAUAGCACUGCAUAAAUGAGAAUACAGUUUAAUAAUUUAGACAUAUGUUUCAAUUAUUUAGAAACUUCAAUUAUUAUAACUAUUAGUUUUGAAAUUUCAAUUAAAUAAAUAAUAAUUCUAGAAAAUUUAUUUGUUUUCUCCUAAUUCUUAUCAGUUACAUAAAUAUUAUUUAAGAAUCAUUAAAUAUGUUAUCUAGAUAAUUUGAAUGCGAUAAAAAAUGAAUUUUAGACUUCAAAUAUAAUUCUCAUAUUUUCUACAUUUUAAACAAAUACCAUAUAAAUUUAAUUAACAAAUUUCAUCAUCAAAUAAAAUUCUAAAUAUUCUACAUAUGAUGAUAUGAUUUAGCUAUUUUACAUAAACAGUAAUGAAAUAUAUAUAUCAAAUUUCUUAAUUGUUGAUAAUAAUAAUUUCGUCAUAUUCUAUUUAUCUGAAAAUAAUAAGCUAUUAAUUUCGAAUAUAAUAUUUAAGAAUUCACUUAAAAAUAAAAAGAUUCCUUUAUCUUAAGAUUGUUUAUAAUUAAUAUAAAAAACUAAACUACUUUUAAUUAUAGGCUUCACUAAUAUAUAUAUAACUAAUAUUUAAAUCUCAAAAAUUCUCAAUAUUGAUGAAUCAAUAAUAUAAAUAAGUCCAAGUUAAUAAAGAUUAGAAUAUUUCAAUUCCUAUAUCGAGAUAAUGAAUCUAUAAUUUACUGAAAAUACUUUAAUUUAAUCAACUUUGGUUGAUCUGAUUUCAUGUUUAAUUAUCGAAUCCUAUAACAAGGCUACCAUAAAAUUAAAUAAUAUCUCAUAUUUUGAAAACUUUCUCCACUCUUAUUCAAGUGGUUCAAUAAGCACUAUAGUAAAUUUAAUAUACUUUAUGUCUUCAUCAAGUGUAAUAGAAAUUACAAAUUUAUUUUAUGAGAAUAACACUUUGACUAAUUCUUCUAAUUCAUUUAUGAUAAUAAGAUCUGAUAUUCUAAUGAUGAUUAAUUUUACAAUAAAUAAUUUAAAUUUAUUAUCACAAUAAUUAUGGGCAAAUUAUUAUGACUUUUAAUUUAAUGGAUUAUUGGAUUAAGAAAGUUUGAAUGAUUUUGUUUUCUAAGUUUUACAAACUAAAAAUAACGGAGGAGGUGUUGGUUAAUUCUUAGUUUCUAAUAUAUCUUGUAUAAAUUGCACAUUCAAAAAUAUAUUAGCAAUAGAAAGUUUCAUAUUUGACAUUUCAACAAAGGCAAAUGGCAUCAUAAAUUUUAUAAAUAUCAAAAUAGAUUAUGCAAAUAACAACUUAAAAUAAAUUAAAAAAAGUAUAGGUUGCUUUAAUAUAGAGUCUUCAAAUAGUAAGCUGAAUCUAAGAGUGAAAAAUGGUUUAUUUACUAAUAUAUUUAAUAGAAUGGGACCUUCCAUUUUUACAAUUUAACCUUCUAAAUUAUUGAAUUCAAUCUUUUUAAAUGGUAUAAACCUAUUAAAUUGUCUUUCAUUAAAAGAUUAGAUACUGAAUGUUAAAUUUUCAUCUUCAAUAGCUGUUAAUAAUAAAGUUAUAAUUAAAAAAGUGAGAAUUGUUCAAAAUCAUGAUGCAUGGAUACAAUAUUUCUAAAGGAUUAAAGAUUUAACCAUAUAAGAAGUCACUGACAUUGGAAAUAGUAAAAACUCAUUAAUGUUUUUCUAAAAUUGUAUAAUUAAUAUAGAUGGAUUUAUAUUAGAAGGGAUAGUUAUUAAUUCUAUUUUUUAAUUUGAGAAUAUACCUUAAUUAUAACUUAAUAAUAUAAAAAUAGAAAAUAUUUAAUUGUUCUACUUCCUUAAUUUAAUCACAAUUACUUAAUUUUUGUAAAUAAAAUCAAUAAUCAAAAUUAAAUAACUCAGUAUCAGAAAUAUUUCUAUUUACAAGAAUGAUAUAAAUUAUUCAUUGAAUUAUUUUUCAAAUAUUUAUCUUAUUCGAGGAUGUACACUAUAUGAAUAAUCUUUUGAAAAUUAACAACAGGAUCAUCUAUUUUUAGGUGUUAAUUCACUUUAAUAAAUAAAUAACAAAGAUAACUCACUAAUUUACAUCAACAGCAUUUCAAAUUAGACUAUAUUAUUUUUUAAAGACAUUACAUUAUAUUUAAAUAAUUGUUAAUAAUGUUAUAAUGGAAUGGUUUUCAUUGAAACUUAAGACUUUAAAUCUAUUAAAUUUUAAAAGCUUAAUUGUUAUUAUAACUUAAUAAAAAGAAAUGGAUGUUUGUAUUUUCUAUAAUUAACUGAAAUUGCAUCUAAAAUAUAAAUUGAGAAUUCUAAUUUCCUUUAUAAUAAUGGUAGUUAGGGAGUAGCUAUUUUCUCAUAAAAAGUGAAAAUAUCUAUAAAGUUUUGUAAAAUUAUCAAAAAUUAUGCAGAAAAUUUUGGUGGAGGCUUAUAUAUUCACUCAAAUUCUAUGAGCUUUAUUAUUAUUCAAUCAAUAAUUAUAGGUAAUAGAGCAAGAGUUGGUGGUGGUAUGUAUUUAAAAGGUGAUUGCAAUUUAAAUAAGGAUAAUUUUGUAUCUUCAAUAUUAUUGUUUAAUAUUGCUUAAGAAUAUGGUAAUAAUGUUGUAGAGAUUCCAACUCAUUUGGCUAUUUAUCUGAAUUUCAUGGAAAAUCCUUCAAAACCUUCCAUUUUAAAUAAUACUAAUUUUAAUAUGUUGAAACUUAAAAGGUAUCGGAUGAUUGAAUAAGGAAAUUAUAUUUAUACUAAUGAUUUAAUAAUACCAAGUAAUUAGGUUAUUAAAACUCUCUAAAUUUUUGAUUUACACAACUCAACUUAUAAGCUUUUUGUUAAAGAUAUUAGAUUAUUCUACAAAAAUAGUAGAAAUGAAAUAAUAUUUGAUCAAUUUAAUUCAACUUGUGAAGUUACAAAUAAAAUUAUCACUACGACUUUUCAAGAAUUAUAUAGAAAAGGAAAUGUUUAAACCUUAUUUUAUGAUAAUUAAUAGAAUUCAUUUGAUUUUGGAUUGUUAUAAUUUAAUUUAGAUCCUAAUGAAUAAACUUAUAAAAAUUUAUAAAUUGAAAUUAAUUGUUAAAUAGAAGAGGCCAGAAAUAAUUUACUUUAUAUAAUAACUGCAAGAAGUCUAAAAUGCCAAUUAGGUGAAUUUUACAUAAAUGGUGGAUGUCAGAUCUGUUAAUCAAAUUAAGGGUAUUAUUCAGUUACAUAUAAUGCAACAAAAUGUUCUAUUUUUGAUAAUGAUAAGCACUUUGAUAUUACUUCAAAUAUGAUAAACUUGUUACCAGGAUUUUGGAGACCAAAUAAAUUAUCAGAUUAUGCAGAGUAUUGUUUUAAGAAUCCAUAAUUUUGUCAUGGAGGUUGGUAAGUUGGUGAUUAUACAUGCAGUGAAGGACAUAUAGGAGCAUUGUGUGAAGAAUGUGAUGUUUAUGAUACUAAGGGAUUUGGUAAAUAUUUUAAAAAUUAAUGGGAUUAAUAAUGUCUAAAAUGUUAAUUUGAGUUAAGUAAAUUAAUCUCAGUAUUUAUUGUUGGAAUUUGGUAUUGAAUUCUUAUUAUAAUAGGACUUUUGUGUCUAUAUUUAUGUCUUUAAAAAGUAUACAUUCCUCGAACUUAUUAUAUGCAUAAUUAAUUAUUGGAUAACGAUUUAAUAAGAUAUUAUUUAAAUUAAAUUAAAGUAAUAGUAAAAUAAUUAAUUAUUAGAUCAUGAAAGUAUUUUGAUAAAGAUGCUGUUAAAUUAUUUCUGGAUAUUUUCUGUGAUAUUUACUUUUAACAUAGAAUUCUCUUUUUCUUUUAUUUUUAUUGAAUAAACUAGUGAUAGUUCUUCUUUUAUGUCUAAAGAUUUGGAUUGUUAUUUGUCAUUGAUUCAAUAGAUACCAAAUAUUUAUUUGAAAAUAUUGACAAUGAUAAUAUUAAUGGUUAUGUAAUUUAAUAUAAUAUUUAUUGGAUCAUCUUUGUAUUUGUUGUAUGUUAAACAAAAGUAUGAUUUAAGUAUUUUAUCGAAUACUGCUUUAUAUUUGUAUAUUUUCAAUUUUGCAGGAUUAGUUAAAAUGUAUAUAUUAAAUUCAAAAUUAUUAGGUUUUCAUCUGUUGUUUCUAGAAUAGAAGUAUCAAAUACUAAUUAUAUUCAUGGUGAUGUUUCUAUGAUAUAUGGAACUCAAGAUCAUUAUUUAUGGAUGUAUUAUUUUAUAAUCCCUGGAUUGAUUGUGAUUGGUAUUUUGAUACCAUUAUUGAUUUUUAUCUUGUUGAUGAUAAAUUAAAAUAGAUUGGAUAAGAUUAAAAUUAGAAGACAUAUUUCAUAUUUAUUGAAUGAAUACAAAAUGGAAGGAUUUUAUUGGGAAUAGAUUAAAUUAUUUAAGAAAGCAAUCUUAAUAUUUAUUCUGACCAAUUUUGAAACUGAAAUAGUUUUGAAGGCUUCCCUAUUAGGAUUAUGUUUAUUAAUGUAUCAGAUAUUAGCAGCAUUUAAUUAACCAUUCAUUAAUCAAAAAUUUAAUAAUUUGGAUUUAUAGAGUAGUUAAAUUUGUUCAAUUUCAAUUUUAUUAGCAUUAACAAAAUAAAUUUGUGAAUAAAAGAAUUACUUAGGUGCUUCUAUGCUGAUAUAAAUUGUUAUUAUUAUUUGCUUUAUUAAAAUGUGUUACCCUUUUAUUUUUGACAUAGUAAGAAGUUAUAUAAAGCUUUAUAAAUUGUAAUUGUUAAAUAAAUUGUAUUAACUUCUAAAUUCUAAAGUACCAAAUCUGUAUUUUACUAUUUUAUUAAAAAAUUUUUUAGAGAAGGAGAAGUUGAGAGAAAUAAGAAUCAAAUAUCUUUUUAUGCAAUUGAGAGAUCAUCUGAUAUAAUUUUCAAGAAUAUAAUUAAAAAACUCAAAGUAAUUUAGAUAAUUGAUAUCUUUACUAACUUCAAGAAUUCAGAGUUCAAAAUAGAUUACCGCAAGGAAUGAUUUUCAUUAAAAUCAUAAUAUGGCAUCUGAAGAUACUAACAAAAGGUAUAUUUCUAAAUUUGAAAGAAGCGAUUAUGAAAAUUGA